GCCUCGUGUCUCUCUCACUCCCUUCUCACUCGACUACUUCUAAUUCUCUCUUCCUCCAUCGUUUCCUCAUCAUCCCAAUCUCGCUGUAUGUACGCUCUCGACUCGGUCCAUAGGCAUCUUCAUAGCCAAGACUGUCCGUCAUGACGUCCCCCACACCCAGCCGUCCAAGCCUUCCGGCCUUUGGCAUUCGCGAUCUAAAUGGUCCAGAGGCUCCUCCGGGCGUCGUCCAGCUCCUCGACAACCAGUACGACACCACCAUCUCAGCCUAUCCUGAGGCUCUGUUAUCCUAUGUCGACGACGAUGACGGAGAGAUCAUCACCGUUGGGAGUUCUUUCGAACUUGGCCAACGUCUCGAGGAGCCUGCGAGGCAUUCCACCCUGCCUGUCAUCCCCGCACUCCGAACCUCGAACGAGUCCAGCGAGAAUAGGUUGAUGCACAUUUUUGACAUCAAGAAGACCAGUGCCAGUCUGGCUGUGUGGAGGGAGCACGAAGCAUACACCAGCAAGAUCAUAAGAGAGAAGACUACAUCAUCUGCAGGCUCCAGCAGCACCAGUCUAGCCUACCCUGCAUUAGACCCUGCUGGAGCCCCAUCGCAAGUGGAGGCCGAAGGGAGCGACAGAACGGACAACCAUGUGGACGAGGUCGCAUCCAUCGACGCCGAUACUGUCGAGCCAAAUGCUGCAGCGACCCAAGACUCGGGCACUACUGCUACCUCCACCUCCACCUCCACCUCAGCCUUCUCAGGUAAAAGCCUCAUUACACCACGAGAAGAACACCUGUCGACCAAGCUUGACAAAGCUUUCGUUGGAAUAUUUGACGGCAUAGAAUCCAGGCUCGGUCCGUUGGCUGAUUUCCUCGAGACAACCGCAGAUGGCCUUCGGAAACUGGCUGACAAGACUGCGAAUUCCGACUCUUCGGCCUUGGAAGAUGUCCUGGGCGGCUUCAAAGACAUCUUGACGCAGGUGGGAGAAUUUGGACUCGGCGUCGCUGCCACAAUCAAUGACGAGAUUGAGAAGAGCAAGGCUGGACAGGCCAGUCCCUCGAGUCAAAAUGCUCAUCAGCAGACGGUCGCACGACCAGGCGAGGCCCCAGUUUCUCAGCCGGAAAAGCCUCACGCUCCCUCCAAACCAGAUACGGCGCGCAAGAGAGUCAGCUUUGAUGCGUCUACAUCCUCGGCACAGAAGCCAAUGUCCAUUCCGGCUCCUCCAGUCCUCGAAUGGUGCAGCCUCAAUGGGGAAGGACAAAAGAGAUGUAUGACUCCUCAACUGACACACGCUUCAUCUACUAGACAUUCCAUCAUGGACAUGGAAUCCACCGACCCUGAUUUCUCUGCUCGCUAUCCGCCGUUGCUCAGUCCGCGGAAGGCCAAAAGUGUGAAUGAGUUGCAGAAGACGACUCAAGGUACAGCCUCUACUCUGUCUAACACAGCUUUAGGAUCCGCUGCUGUUCGUUACCCCAGCGUGAGGCAGCUAGAGCAGGAAGCUCGAGCUACUGCUUUCAAACUCUUAGCCGACUCAAAGUCUCGAGAAGAGACUCCUUGGCAACCUGAGCUCAGACCUAGGAAGAAUGACUCGUACAAGCCGCCUUCUGUUGAGGAGGAUGUUGAGACAGAGAAAUCAGCAACAUGCCCGCUCAAGACCCCAUCUCUUCAUCCGGACUCGCCAAUACCGCUGCCUGGUGCUUGGCCAGAAUUGCAGACCGAAGACAUGUCCGCUCUACCCGCUAACACGGGCCCCCGCUCUGAGACUGUGCGAUUGUCGCGGCAAAGCAAAGCUACAAGCCUCCAAAGUCGAGCUGGCGCUUCUCAACGCAUAGACCACCCCUCGAGCAUCCCGUACCCUCGACCACCGGUCUUUCCUGACGCUCUUAGGCGAAACCCAGGCUUCACUAGACGAAACCAAACUGUGUCCGGAACAAAUCCUGCUGCCAGACUCAAUGGACCUUUCGAUCCUCUUGCCCACUAUCCGUCCCUGCAGCCUCGUCCCCAGAGAUCUCAACCUGACCUGAACGGCUGGACGAGAACCGCGGAGAAUACCAUGAAACACAAGCCUAGUCUGCCUGCUUUCUUCCCCCAGCGCAGUGCAACCGUCAACUACACUGACCGUUACAUUCCCCGAUACGUCUCGCCGUCCGUCUACUUGGACCGUGCGCGGGAGUAUGCUGCAUCUAAGAAAAGUCCCAAGGACAACUGGUUUGACGGUCAUCAUAUGCCAGGCCCAAGCUAUGGUGUCCGAUACUUCUCGCCAUUCGGCGCCCGUGGUGAAACUAGCAACAUCGCGGCGGUUUCAACCAAUCAGCCAGAAGCGAAUGGUUCAACUCCCCAGUCUCCGCGCGCCGGCGUCAGUGAUGCAUCCUCCAACUCCGGGUCCCAGAAGUCAGCAGGCUUGUACCCGUCAGGGACCACUGCCUCGCAUGAUUCAACCAAUACAUCCACUCCCCCAGGUGAGCGUCUUUUGAGACCGACAUUUCUUGACCGUCCACUUCCAAAGGGUCCACUUCCACAUGCACCUGAGCCUCCAACAACUGGAACGCAAACAAACAAUUUCCAAAACUUCGUCGCCAGAGCUGCGCCUGAGCCAUAUGCGCCAUGGCCAGCUCUUUUUCCGGCCACUCGUCCCCCAUAUGUGCCUACAAGUUAUGCAACACCACAGUCCAACGGCGUACGCGGCAGCUCAAGAGUACCCCCAUCUGUACCCACCAGCUGCACAGCUGUCAACGAGUGCAUCAGAGCGCUAAAAGACAUGGGCUUUGGUACCACCAAAGACGAAAUGACGAGAUUGAUCGCUGUCGCCGGUGCCACUGCUGGUAACCUCGAAGAUGCCAUUGACAUGCUCGAGGAAGACCGUGAAGCUUCUGAGCAGUUAGGCUAUGUUAGCGAUGUUGCAACAAAUGGAUCAGCCAGAGGCGAGCAAGACGAACUGGAGAGCUGAGUGAACAUUGAAUAUCACCCGGAGAGUCCAAUUAACGCCCACGCAUGCAAUGGUCCUUCAUCACGAACAACCUCCGAUCUACGAUGUGUUGUGCGCCGGCUCUUGCAUCGUGAGCCUCGUGUGGAAAGGUCGUUGCCUCCGCCGAGCCCCUCGUCGAGAGCACGAUUUCUUUACAAAGUCGCUGAUGUCUCCAAAUGACUCGAUUGACACGCCUAUGACAUUCUACGGCCCAUCCGCUCAGCAGCCACCCGGCGCUCCGCUGAAAGGCAAGAGUCAUGCUCGCAGGCCAGUACUUGCAUUUCAGCCCCAUCAUUAUCAACAUGAGCUUCAAAGAUUCUUCGCAAAUGCUUUCUGUGCAAUGUAUCUCGGAUAUGUCAGGCCCAAUGUGUUUUAUGUUUUUCAAUCUGUCGGCGCGCGGUCCGUUGUCCGGCUCGGCCUCGAAUCCCACAACCACCACCCCAACGGCAACUGCACAGUAUGGCCUUUCUUAAACAGAACAAGACCUAUCGUUAUCAUUAUUGUUCUCAUUGAUUCCAGCUUGACACCAGCUGCGGAGUCUGGUGCACUGGCGGAGGGCGCAUGGCGCAUGGUGCUUCCGGCAACUCAGGGUUAUUUCUUUGUCAAGGGAAUCGUUCCAGGUCACUAUAGUGCUGAGGAGUAUUUCACGCAGGUAGCAAUAUCGUCAACGAAUGGAAUAUGCAAUGAUGACUCAA